AUGGAGGAGGCGCUGCUCUCCACCCCCAUCAACCCCAACAACUUCCCCGCCAAGCUGUGGCGGUUAGUGAACAGCCCCCGGUACCGCUCCAUCCGCUGGGACGGCCGCGGCGAGGGGCUGCUCAUCGACCAGCCGCUCUUCGAGGCCGAGCUGCUCAGCCCGCCGGGCCCGGGGGCCGGGGCCGGGGCCGGUGGCCCCGGGGGCGGCGGCGGCGGCGGCGGCGGUGGCGGAGGAGCGGCCGGGGCCGAGCCCGAGCUCUUCAAAACCACCAACUUCACCAGCUUCAUCCGCCAGCUCAACCUCUACGGCUUCCGCAAGGUGGUGCUGGGCGGCCCCGGCGGCACGGGGCCCGGGCCCGGGGCGGGCGGCCCUGCGGGCGACGGGCCGCUCCACCACUUCCACAGCCCGCACUUCCGCCGCGACCAGCCGCAGCUGCUGGUGCACCUCAAGAGGCUCACCAGCGCCAACAAGGCCAAGCUGGCGGCCGGACUCGAGGUGCCCUGCCGCCCGCCCAACCGCUUCCAGAGGCUCCUCAUCACUUCGGCCUCCUCCGCCUCGGCCUCCGCCUCCGCCUCGGCCUCGGCCUCCGCCACCCCGCUGCAGCAUCAGGACUCGGCGCCGCAGCCCGCAGGGGCCCGGCCGGAGCAGCACGGACCAGUGGCUGGAGGACAGUUUCACCGGUCAUUCCGGCGAGAGAAUUUGUCUCCUUAUUCCUACAUAUCAACUUCAUCCCACAACCACAGCACUUUCCCUCUAAAGAGUUUAGAUCGUACCCCAAUUCCUCCUAGAACAUGGCAGAACUCCCUUGGAAUGCACCCUGGACAAGUGGAGACGUCUCCUACUUUUUCAGACAAAGGAGUGCCGUUUUCUGUACUGCAGCGAUUUCCAACUGAAGUGACCUACACGCUGCAGCCAAGCGCCACAUCCGUACAUGUUCAACAAAGUCCUCAAACAAUGGUCAGCUCCUCCCAAAAGUAUAGUAACUACACACCCUCAGCGCAGUACUCCCAAGCCUACUAUCCAACAGCCGUGCUGCAAUGCUGCUCUCCUUCCACCCACAUGGACGCCCUAAGUAGCUGCGUCACUCCUACUGCCUCCUCCUAUGCACACUGUAACUACUUCCAGAAUCCUCCAAUGCAAUCUUCCUAUCCAGUUGAAUUUCUGCCUCCUAAUUGGCCUUGCAGUACUACUGAUGAAAAUAAAAAGACAGAAGUAAACCUAGAGGCUGUCUUUCAAAUAGUAGAUGAGUUGCAUUCCUCCCCUAAAUUGGAAAUGGUAAAGGUGGAGCCUGUUGAGACUCAGUGUCCAUCAUCUCAGUCUAACAGAGGCCAACAUGUCUUACCUAAUUCAAACAACAGCAGUACAUCUUCCACAAGUCAGGCCAGCCAGCUGGAGCCACUGACUCCUGUAGGCUCCGAUAUUACCUCUUUUGUGGUUGGAACAGAACAAGCAAUUACCUGCUCUCUACCACAGUCACCUGAGUACAUCUAUACCAUCCACACAGCUCAACCUUUGGAAAAUAGCACAGUGCAGGAAUCUGCAGCCAUCCAACAAACUCACGUCAAGCUGAAGGACCAGCUAAACCACAGUCUAUCUCCGUCUCCAGUAGUGUUUGUGCAGGAAGGGCUACCGUUCAGCACGGAACAGGUGGAUUCCAGUAUAAAAUGCCAGCCCAAUCCACCUGAGAAUAUCUUGCCUUCAGAACAGAUGGGAUUCCUUAUAUCAGAAAUGGGGUCUACUAGCAAGCCUAGUAAAGACACGAGUUUAUCCACUCCAGCCAGAUACAGAGAGCGAAGAAGCAACUCACAAGGAAAGUCCCCUGAUCUUCAUCUGCUGGUGGACGUGGCCUGCAAGCAGGAGCACUUUCCCAAGGAGGAAGAAUUGAAAGAGUGAGGAGGAGCGGAUGACAAAUGUGACAUUGUGCACUAGCCAUAGCUGGAGGCAGACCAGCCUUGCACAUGGCACACUGUUGGGAUUUUUUUCAGUUCUGUUAAGGAAAAAUUUUUUUUGUUUUGUUAAUUGAGAAUUUUGUUAAUUGAAAAUUGGGAGUUUAGAAUUUGCCACGAGUGUUCAGAUUAUUUAACUUGACACAUUACAAAAUAUCCAGCAGCCCUUUGUUUGUGCUGCCCAGAUCCUCCCUUUCAAAUGAAAAGUCCUGGCCUUCUUUUAUAGUCAGGAAAUGUCAAUGGUGCUGGAGAAAAGCACGCAUGCUCGCUUUGGGAUGCCACUCUGAAUUUAUCUGUCUGAAGUCAUACGUGGUCCUUCAGAGAAGAUUGUGCGAGGUCACCGAGAUCACAAGACUCAAUGUGUCAGAGAUUCAAGGGAAGAAAUUCUGGGGAAAAGCUAAUUUUUGAAGUGAUUAACCAGGAAAUUCUCUUGCUUCCUAACUCAGCAUUGUUUCAAGAGCAAGGCGUCAGACUUGGAAUAUCCAUCACACUUAGCAACCUCUGACUUUUUAUAUUAAUGGGAACAUUUUCCCAUUGUCAUGUCUUUCUUUCAUUUUAAUUGUCAUAAAUAGAAAGUUUUGU